AUGUCCUUCCAAGACGCCUUCUGGGCGGCGCCGCCAAUCUCCAGAACCCUCACAGCGGCGACCGUCCUCAUCUCCGUGCCUGGACACCUCGGAUUCUAUAACCUUGUCCGAGUGUUCUUCCUCAGCGACUACGUUUUCACCGUCCGCCAGCUGCCUGAAGUAUGGCGCCUUGUGACGACUUUCCUCAUCACCGGACCUCAACUGGGAUUGAUCAUGGAUCCAUUCUUCCUCUACCACUACAGCUCUCAGCUUGAGACAGGCUCGCCUCGGUUCAGUCGACCUGGCGCAUAUGCCUUCUAUCUGAUGUUUGUAUCAAUCAUCAUCCUGCUCACCGGAGGAAUGUAUCUCGGUGGCUACGCAUUGCUCCACGCGCUCAGCAUGGCACUCACGUACACCUUCUCACAAGAGGAUCCAAACCGGACCGUCGGAUUCUUCAUCGUGCAAAUGCGCGCGAAGUACGUGCCGUAUGCAUCGCUUGUUGUCACCUUCCUCAUGGCCGGUCCUUUUAUGACUAUGAUCCAAGCCACUGGGAUCCUCGCCGGUCACGCUUACGAGUUCUUCGACAAGAUCUGGCCUACGCAGGGUGGAGGGCAGCAAUGGAUUCAGCCUCCGCAAAUCGUCCAGAAGUGGUUUGCCCUUCCGAAUAAUGGUGCGCAGCCACGUGCGUACGGCACUGCAUUUGGUGGCCAUAACGCAGGGUCACAAGCAGCAGCACAGGCAAAUCGUGGGAUUGCGAGUGGCUCUGCGUGGAACAGCAGAGGUGCUGGGCGUCGCCUGGGGAGUGAUUGA